GUGCGCAAGCGCUGGAAGAAGAAGGGGCUCUCGCUGCUCCGACAGCGCGGUCGAGUGAGGGAGCCGCUGCCACAGGAGCGGGCAGCUCCGGGGAAGGCCCACACAGGCUGACGGACGGGUGCUGAGACCCAGCCUUUGCUUGCUGCCGGCAGUUCCCGCGGGUCUGUGAAGAGGUCGGCGGCCCCAGCGGGCGCCAGUCAGCUUUAAGAAAAAGUAAAAAAAUCACUUCUAACUUUACUGAAUAGCAAAAUUAAGUGACAUCCUACACUGCAAAUCAUGGCACUGCCAUUUCGGAAGGACUUAGAGAAGUACAAGGACCUUGAUGAAGAUGAACUCCUUGGGAAUCUGUCAGAACUAGAACUGAAGCAACUGGAAACUGUUCUGGAUGAUCUUGACCCAGAGAAUGCCCUUCUGCCUGCAGGGUUCCGGCAAAAGAACCAGACCUCAAAGACCGCCACAGGGCCGUUUGAUAGAGAGCACCUCCUUUCCUAUCUGGAGAAGGAAGCAUUGGAGCAUAAGGACCGGGAAGACUAUGUGCCCUACACUGGAGAAAAAAAAGGGAAAAUAUUUAUCCCCAAACAGAAACCUGUACAGACUUUUACAGAAGAAAAAGUAUCGCUUGAUCCAGAAUUAGAAGAAGCUUUGACAAGUGCUUCUGAUACAGAAUUGUGUGACCUUGCAGCUAUUCUUGGGAUGCACAAUUUGAUAACGAAUACACAGUUGUGUAAUAUAGUGGGAAGUAGCAGUAAUGGUGUCGACCAGGAACAUUUUUCAAAUGUGGUAAAAGGUGAAAAGAUUCUUCCAGUAUUUGAUGAGCCACCAAAUCCAACCAACGUUGAAGAGAGUUUAAAGAGAAUUAAAGAAAAUGAUGCUCGUCUUGUUGAAGUUAAUUUGAAUAAUAUAAAGAAUAUCCCAAUUCCAACCCUAAAAGAUUUUGCAAAGGCUUUGGAAACCAACACACACGUGAAAUAUUUCAGUCUUGCAGCCACCCGGAGCAAUGACCCUGUUGCUGCUGCUUUUGCAGAUAUGCUGAAAGUGAAUAAAACUUUGAAGAGCCUAAAUAUGGAGUCCAACUUUAUCACAGGAGCUGGGAUUCUAGCACUGAUUGAUGCUUUGAGAGAUAAUGAAACCCUGGCAGAGCUGAAGAUCGACAAUCAGAGGCAGCAGUUGGGGACAGCUGUAGAAUUGGAAAUAGCCAAGAUGCUUGAGGAGAAUACAAAUAUCCUUAAAUUUGGGUAUCAGUUUACACAGCAGGGACCACGAACCAGGGCAGCUAAUGCUAUAACAAAGAACAACGACUUAGUGCGUAAGAGACGGGUUGAAGGAGACCACCAGUAAGCCCCCCCAAGGUAUAAUACUUGGAAGACUUCAAAAGAUCACCCAGGCCUUAUUUGGGUGACAUCAGAUAUAAAAGUUUCCUGGGUAGAAGGGAAAAGACUGGAAAAAAAAUUUUUAUGAUUUUAAAACAGUGAAUUUUUUUAGUAUAAGUUGUUAUUAGUGUCACAUUGUAAAAUCAAUAGAUGAUAUUUUAUAUUUUGAAACAUUUCUACUUUCUAUUAAAAUCAAUUUGAAUUUAGCGCAAUUGAAUGAUUUACGAUGGAUCUUGGGCAAAAAAAUAACAAUUGUUUUAAAAGAUU